AUGGGAAAAAACAUUGUGUGGAAUGAUGCCGCCAAUGCGAAGUUGCUUUUCGCCAUCAUAUCAACUUCAAACGCAAAAGUUGAUUAUAAGGCAGUUGCAGAAAUCAUGGGAAACGGAUGCACCCCGAUUGCGAUUCAACGUCGCCUGUCCCGAAUAAAAUCUAAGGUGGUUCCUGACGGCAACACAUCCUCACCAGCCACAACCCCCAAAUACAAGGCUGGCAAGGCCACUAAGAAGCGUGUUGCGGAGGAAGCCUCGGGGAAUGAUAGUGAUACUAAGAAAGUGAAGCAAGAUGACCAGAAGGAAUCGGAGGACAGCAACUGA